AUGCAUCCGAUGCCUGAGAAGUCCCCCUCGUGUGACUUUGGGAGCGAAUCGUGUAGAGUUGGGAGCGCAUGCGACUCGCCGGGUCGCGAGUUGAUGAGUUUGGGCUCGGAUGAUCGCCGCUGCGACGCGCCGCCGUCGGCCACGUGUGAGGAGCCGAUUCGAGCGACGGCGCGCGUUGUCACGUAUAGGAGGUUCCGUCGAGUGAUGGCUGACGGCGGGAGGAGAACAGCUACCAUCACGGACUUCAAAAUCGUUUCGGCUCCUGCACCAUCAACAUCAGGAGAGCGUCCGCGUGGCACCUCCACGUUGGCCUCCUGGUUAAGGCAGGGGAAUGGCUCCGGCAAGGAGAGGUUAGGCGGAGCAUCGUGUCCGUCGGAUGUGCCUCGCGUGGGCGAUGACUACGAGAUCCAACGGCUGAGGAAGUCAAAGCUGAAGCGCAAGGCAGAGGCGAGCAUAGGCGAGGGCGAGCAGAGGAGCACUGAGGAGCGGCAGGGGCGAGAGCAGGCGAGGCAGCAGGGGCUGGAGCAGGAGCGAGAGCAGGCGGGGCAGCAGGGGCUGGAGCAGGGGCGAGAGCAGGCGGGGCAGCAGGAGCAGAAGCUUGAAGUGCGUGCUGGGAAUGAGCGGCAGGGGUUGGUGCACGAGGGGCAAGAGCAGGCGGACUUGCUGCGAUCGCAGGAGGAGCAGCCAAGAGCUCAAAGCGAGGCUCAGAAACAGAUGGAGAAGCAGCAGCAGGAAGAACAGCAGCAGCAGCAGCAGCAGCAGCGGGGGCGGCAGCAGCAGCGGAGGCAGGUGCAGGCAUGCUUGGACUUUGGGCAGAAGGACCUGCUGCAUUGCACGUGCAGGGUGUGCGGAUUCAUGUUCGCCAAGGGGCUUAAAGCGGACGAGAUGGCGCAUGAGGCACACCACAGGCUGUUCUGCGGCACUGUCACCAUCCAGGCGGACGAGGCUGCACACGAUGCACACCACAGGCUGUUCUGUGGCACUGUGACCGUCCAGGUGAGAGGGGAGGAGGGAGGUACUUUUUCUGGGAAGGAGCAUUUUCAUGCCAUCCAGAAAAGGUACCUGCUGCACUGCACGUGCCGGGUGUGCGGGUUGGUGUUCGCCAAGGGACUCAAGGCGGACGAGGCUGCACACGAGGCGCAUCACAGGCUGUUCUGUGGGACUGUGACCAUCCAGGUGACAGGAGGGGUGCUGUAG